CCGCUUGAGUCUCCUCGCCGAAGACCAAGUCUGGCAACACGUGCUGGAAUUACCAAACGACGAAGUAGUGUAUCUACGACUUUCAAUGCGCCAUCUAUGAGUUUCUUCGAGGCGAUGUUUGGGGAUGACUUCCCUGAUGCAUUCGCACACGAUGGCCGCAGCUGCAAGAGCACAAAAACAAUGCUCGAUCUACCUGCUGAAUUGCUGGAAAUUAUCUGCCAAUACUUAUCCCAGCUGGAUGUGAAGCGACUUCGACUGACGAGCGGAGGGCUCGCUGAAAAAGUUGAGCUGCGCAUCGACCGCGUGUAUGUCUCCCCAAAUCGUGCAAACCUCGACUGUCUGAAGAACAUACUCGACCAUCCUCGAUAUUGUCUUCAGAUACAGGAGCUUGUCUGGGACGACGCACAGCUUAGGCAUUUACCGGCCUUCGACAUCUUCCGGGACCAUAUCGAAUCUGACCAGGCAAAAGCAAGGGUCGCGCUGGAGGAUCAUCUGUCAACACUCUUUCGAAGUAACGCUGAGGAUGAAGCAGAAUAUGAAUCGAUCGGCGUCAAAGACUGCAUACAGGACGACGGCGAAUUGACGGAGAUUGGCAAGGCCAUCCUGCUCAACGCAAAUGACGAGAAAUCGAAAACCAUCAUUGCGAGCUGUGCGGCAUCGAUGAGUGUCGAGGAUAGCUACGUACUCUACCAAAAGCUCUAUCAAGAUGAGAGGGAGAUCGUCAAACGCGAGUGGGAUGUGCACGCUCUUCAGCGUGCGCUUGAGCAACUUCCGAACUUGAAGCGAAUCACCAUCACGAGCGAAGUUUGGAGACCCUGGAAUCUCAUCCCGGUCUACGAUACCCCUUUCCAUCGCGCUCUACCGGCGGGCUUUCGGAAGCCUUCGGUUUGGCCUUGGGUUGAUCGCAGUCAUCUAGACACCCCGAGGCCGCCUGCAUUCGACGAAUCGAUCCAGCAUUUACCAGCGGAGUGGAGAGGCUAUAGCGUCGUGAUGUCUGCGUUGGUCUCAAAAUCAGUUCCAACCCUGCAAGAGUUCAUUGUAGAUACAGGGCACGAAAAUGUCGGCCUUCCCAAGCAAAUCUUUGCGCUACCAACCCUUGAUAGCACCAAAAGUAUACGGGUUUUCAGUACUACACCUCUCAAGAAGCUCCAACUA